CGGAGCGCGCCCCGGCCGCGUGCCACGGCCCCGCGCCUCAGACACCAGGGACAGCGACAGCGAGCGCCGCGGCCUCUCGACGAGAUGGCUUCGCUGCGGGCCAAACAGAGGGAAAUGACCAAACUUCCUGUCUUUGAGGGUCUUGCAACCAAGGCCCUGCGCCUGUUGCGAGCCGACCUCUACUACUGUGAUGGUGCUAAUCACGACGAUGGGCCGCUUACCCAACACCUGCGAUGGUGGGUGCAACUUCUAGACGCAGGCGAACUGCCUGGAAGGACAAACUAUCUCAUGGCGCUUUUCCGGCAAAGCAUUACGAGUUUGGUCAUUGCCGUGGCGGUGAUGGUGCAGAUGAUCUACGACACUGCCGUCACCGGAAGUAUGUUUGGGUUUCGGAUCGGCCUUGCCGUAUACACGACUAUCGUCGUCAUCGUCUUGUUCAUGCAGCGGCGACGCGGUAUCAAGGCAGGCUCAAUGCGGUUCAAAUCGGGAUUUGUGUAUAAAGUGCCCUCUAACUUCAAAGAACUUUUUUAAUGGAUGCCUUUAUUAGG